UAGAAAAGUGAGUUAUGAAGCAGAUCUUGAACUUGAAUGUUAUUUUGUUGGCAGGUUAUACAGAGCCGUUGGAUGAUAAUAUUGAAGUAUUGGUCCCUGAUGAUGACCAUGGACUCUAUGCAAUUGACAUUCUAGAUCCCUCUUGGGUAUAGUAAAGUAGCUAGAUAUUACUUUGUGCAUUGGCUACUUGUAUGCAGUUGUUAAGUUUAGGAGUGAGGAUAAGUAAGAUGGAAAUUGUAUCUGCAACCAUUUUUGUAUCAUAAAGAAGGUUGCUAAUGAGGACAUUUCCGGUCUUGGAGAUUUAGUAUCUGUUCUUUCAAAGCUUUCUAGGGGUGCUCGUGUUCCAUUGGAAUAUAUGUCUCACACUGAUCGUCAUCGCAAGAAGCAUCUGAAUAAUCUUCCAUUUCGUUUUAAAAAAAACAGAGAUUUUGAUUUCUUCAGUCAUCUGUUCUUGAGAGAUCGCCUUGGUGGUGCUUUCCAUGAAAACAUUGCUUCUCUGGCUGCUUGGUCUGUGUCGAGCAUGCUGAGGACUCUCAUGGAUUCUACCUAUAAGUUUGUUGUUGCUCAACUCCAUACAUUCAGCUCACUGAGCUUGGAUAGUUUCUGCGGGAUUUCGCCUGAGAGGUUAUUGUGUGAAAGGUCUACCUUCUCAAGAUUUCCAAAACUUUGUGGGAUCAAUCCAGAGAUGUCGUUGUAUGAGAGACCUUGCUUUGAAUUCUUCCAGUUCACUGCUAAGUUAUGUAUUACGAUAGUGAAGCUGUAUAUGAAACGCAAAAGCGAAGAUGAACUUACGAGAGAUUCUUUCAUGCCUGUAUCCCAGGAGAUGAAGGGAGAGAUCCAUCAAGAUUGUUCUCAGAGAGAUCCAAGACCUUGAGACUUGUGAUAUUUGAUAUGCCUUGCUUCUGUUCCUUAGGCCAAAAUUUGUUCGAUUCCGCAACUUCUUUUGUCCUAGGUUUGUCACCUCUGACUGAUUCUUUGUUUAUCUUAGGUACGUGGAUCUCAAGGCAUGCAUAACUAGAAUUGAAGAAAAUGGAUAUGGAGCA